AUGCGGGGGGGCGGCACUCCCUGUCUUGAAUCGAAGUCUUCUACAGAGAAGGAAGCGUUUGCAAUAUUAGUGGCGUUUUCCGUCUCAACGAAGCUGUCUGUUUUUGUUUUUUUUUGCGAUACAGCGACGCUCCAAAAAUCCACACCGUUGGGACGCCCUUUGGUGUUCCCAAACGAUUGCGCCGCACUUUUGCAUAUUCUUUGCGGUGCAUCUGCCCCAGUGUUUGGCCACGCCCCGUGGCCCACUAAUGUGGAUGUUGUCGAUUCACGUGUGUGUUUUCAAUGGCCCCGGGGCUGCAUAACGCAGUUUGGCCAUCCCGGGCCGCCCGCCUCCACUCUCGCAAUGCUGUGCGGAAUUUCAGGGCAACAUUUGAAACCCGUUGGAAGCCGGUUCGCCCCGACAAGUUCCACGCUUUCCCUGCGGCAACGGAGCCCAGCCCGAAUACCUUCAGCCAGGCCCGCCUGGAUAAAGAACGCCUUUAAAUCCAACAAGGUGGCGCACCUACCAUGGACAGCGUCAGGAUGA